UAUUUUCAAGUGGAAAAAAAUCAUUUAAAUGAAACCAUCAAUGAGUUAAAGAUGAAAAACACUGGGUUAGAAGAAGAUAGAAAAGCCUUGUCUUGCCAGCUGGAAGAUGAAAGAGAAAAGGCAGAGAGACAUGUAGCAGAAUUAUUGGAAGAAAAAGUCAGACUAAAUGAUAUUAUUGCUCUUUUGCAGACAGUCUUUAGCAUGGAAAAAUCAAUUAACUAAUUCUGUUCAAGAAUGUCAAGUUCUUUCAACGCAACUGAAUGAAAAAAAGGUGAAAUAUUUAGAAAUGAAGUCAACUAUCUCAAGAUUGGAUGAAGAAGUGACAUAUUUAGAAAAUACAAAAGCUAGCCUGGAAAUGGAGAGGGAUAGCAUCUCUUCCAGUAUGAUGGAGGAGCGAGAAAAGUUUCAUAACGAAUGUUCAGUACUGACAUCUUCAAUCUUAGAAUUACAGACCACAGUAACAAACUAUGAAGGCAAGAACAAUGUCUUGAAUAAAACUGUACUAGAACUGCAAUCUAAAAAUGCUCAUUUAGAAAAUGAUAUGAAUAUCAGUUCUUCCCAGCUAGAUGCUGAGAGAGUCAAGUCAGCAAAAAAGAAUUUUGAGCUUAAGUCGACCAUAUCUGCAUUGCAAGAAGAAUCUCAGGCAGAAAAAGACCAAUUGAAAAUGACCAUAUCUGCAUUGCAAGAAGAAUUUCAGGCAGAGAAAGACCUAUUGAAAAUGACCAUAUCUGCAUUUCAAGAAGAAUUUCAGGUAGAGAAAGACCAGUUGAAAAUGACCAUAUCUGCAUUGCAAGAAGAAUCUCAGGCAGAGAAAGACCAUUGGAAAGCUACCAUAUCAGAAUUACAGAACGACACCAUAGACACCAUAGAAUUCAAAGAGAAAUUAGAUUACACUAAGCAAGAGUGUCAAACUGUUUUGUUUCAACUGCAUAAAGAAAGGGAGUCUCUAAACUCAUACAAAUUAGAAAACUCACAGAUGAAAUCAACUAUUUUGAAUAAAGAGAAAGAAAUAGCAGAUUUGAAAGCUGAAAUUAGAAAUCUAGCUAAUACUUUAGUGGAAUCAGAAUACAUUAGAAACGACCUUGAGAAAGGCUUAGCUAAUGAAAGGGAACAAUUCAAGAAAGAAUGCUCCGUUUUGAACUCAUCAGUAGCAGAACUGACGCAGAAGCUUGAGCACUGUGAGAAUGAGAGAAGUAACUUGAAUCAAACAAUACAGAGCUCAUGACUAUGAUUGUCCAUUUGGAAAAAGACAAGGAGGCUUUGUCAUCACAGCUGGAAGAAAACUGGAAACUGAUUAAAAAAAUAGAGCCUUUCAGAGAUGUCUUGGAUAAUUUUGAAAUGGAAAAAAAAUUAUUGUUGGAAAGAGACAAAUAUACAAGUGAGCAAAUGGAAAGAUUGACCAAAGAAGCCAUUAAAAACAUGGGUCAUCAAAACCAUCGCCAGAAAGUCAAAUAUGUGAAGACUUUAAAAAAGGUAAAUUUAGCUUUGCAGGAGGUUCAUUUUCACUUUGUAAAAUAUGUAAACAUUCAUCAUUCACUCUUCUUCCC